GUUGCCCACUCGUGCUCCGUCAUUUCACCUAAACGGUGACAGUCGUUCUUUCGCUAACGGCCAGUGAAGUUCGGCCAUAUUGCUUUUACACUGAUCGUCACUGUUUGUUUUGGUGCAUCAUUUUCUUCUUCUCUCCCCUCUCUCGUUAUUAGUUUUAAAAACAAAAAACAAAACAAAAUCCCCUCUAGAAUUAAAAACAAUUUUUUUCCCCAUUACUCUCUUUCUCUCUCUUUUUUUCCUAUCCACUGAUAUUGUGGUCUGUGCAAUAAAAAAAAAAAAAAAAAUUUCCAACUAAAUUCGUCUCGUGUCAUCUGGACUUAUAAGUGUUUCGUGAGUGUGUAGUGUUUCUCCCAUCGCAUAUAUAUAUAUCUAUACCUAUAUAUAUACAUUUAUAUACGCGAAAACGAUACAAGAAAAAAAAUGGCCUGCGCCACCCUAAAGAGAUCUCUGGAAUUUGAUCCGGUGCAUAGCCAUGGAAGACCAAACAAACGACGAAGAUGCGUUCCAAUGUGUGUUUCACCUGGUAAUUCAUCGCCAAAUGUUACAAAAACACAAAAUCCAUCGCCAUUUGGUGAAAUAUCACAGAAAUUGACGCCUGAAAAAAUGGCAGCAAACAUCAGAGAGGAAAUCCGCCGAUUGCACCGACGCAAACAAUUGUAUUUUAAUCCUCAAGGCAAUAAUGGCGAUUCCUCAGAUAUGGAGGGUUCAUCAAAUCCUUCCAGUCCAUCUGGUUGCGGUUCAAACGCCUACAGUAAUAGUACAUCAUGCAAAGAGAAACCACUUUUCACAUUCAAACAGGUUGGUUUGAUUUGCGAGCGGAUGCUGAAGGAUCAAGAAGUACAAAUCCGAGAGGAAUACGACCAGAUUUUGACAAUGAAACUAUCCGAGCAAUAUGAAUCAUUUGUUAAAUUCACAUACGAUCAAAUUCAAAAAAGAUUCGAAUCUGCAGCUGCUCCAAGUUAUCUAUCCUAAGUAGGAUUCUUACUGUUAAGGAUACUUUUCUGUGAAAAAUAUUAGAUUUGUACUGCGUGAGAUAAAAAAAAAAAAAAAAAAUUUUUUUUUUUUUUGCUUGAACGUAAACGCCAAGAUGGAUUGGUGGAUUCUGCGCAACCACUCGAAAAAAAGGGGAAAUCAAUUUUUUUUUUUUUUUUUUUUUUGAAGGAACUAAAAUAAAAAAAAUGAAAUUUUUUUUUUUGAGCAAAAAUGUUUAGUACACUAUAAAUAAGUUUAAGUAGAAUAUUUGCGAUAAACAGCGAUCACACUUCUUAAUAAUGAUGAAAAAAAAAAUAAUACAAAAAAUGUCCACAAUGUAUACUAGUUAAAAAAAAAACUAACGAUAUUUGUACCGUCUGGUGUUUGUUAUAAAAAAAAAGAAAAAACAAAAAAAAAGUGCGCUGAUAUCAGGGAACUUUAAAUUGCACAAAUAUCACAAAAAUAUCGAGUGAAAAAUAAAUUUAAAAAAAUCGAAUCACUUUUUUAUACUGAAUUUGAUAAAAAAAAAGGGGGGCGGAAUUGUUUUCAAAAAUCAAAUUCACUUCGUUGAGUGAAAAAAAAGAAGGAACGAAGUUGUAGAUUUUUAAAAGCGGAAAAAUUAAUUUGUUUUCAAAAAUCAAAUUCGCUUCGUUGGUAAAAAAAAAAAUUUUGAGAAACGAAGUUGUUUUUUACCAGAUUUUUGGAAUGCAAAAAAAAGAUUGAAUGUGUAUAUUUUUUGAAUAUAAAAAUUGUGAUGAAUUUGAUAUUUGAUGACAAAUAGAGAAAAAGUGAAUUUCGAUAUUUAUGCGGACGAAUUUUUUUUUUCGAAAAAAUGCUUUUCGAAUUAGUUAAAAAAUUCUAUUUUAUAGAAAAAAGAGAAAAGGCACUCGAAAAGGCUUUUUUCUAUUUAUUUUUUUUUUUAGAUUAAUCUUCUCUCUCUCUCUAUCUUGUUAAGGUGAACAAAAAUUUAGGAUAAUCGUUUUUUUUUUUUUUUUUGUUUUUGCUCGCUCUCUUCAUUUUUUUUGAGGAAUUUUUUUUUUCGUAAAUUGUGUACAAAAUUUAUUGUAUAAAUUGUAUUUUCAAAUUAAAAAAAAAUCGUAAUUUUGAAUCGGUGAUUUUUUAAAAUAAUAAUAAUAAUAAUGAUUUGGGGAAUAUUUUCCACGUUCCCUGAUAGCAACGUUUUUGCAAAAAAAAAAAAAAAGGACAACAAAAGAAAAGAAAACGAAUAUCCGUAAUUUUACUGUGCCUAUAUUAAUUAGACUAAAAAAAAAAAACGCUUUGGUCAUUGUUAAUAUAUCAAAUUUACAAACAAAAAAUCGUCUUUUUUUGCUUCGACACGUAACAUUUAAUUAAUUUUUCUUUUUAAGACGUUUUUUUUUUUCAAAAUAGCAAAACCUACUUUUUAGUAUGUACAUUGUUUUUCUGUUUUUUUUUUUUAUAUAAUACUAGGAUUAUAAUUAUUUUCAUUUAGGCUAUGCGUUAAGAUUAUAUUGUCGACAAAUUUCAAGUUUUUCUUUUUUAAUUUGGAAAAAAGAAAAUUCCAAGUUUUUCUUUUUCUCUUUCUCUCUUUAAACGACAAAAAAAAAGAAACUAAAUUCUCGUCACGAUUUACAAAAAACAUAAUUUUUAGUUUAGAAAAAAGUUUUUAAAUUUUAAAAAAAGGUUCUUUUUGGUUUUCUUAAAAAAAAAAUCUUGACGAGAAUUUAGUGGUAUGAAUCGAUGGAAAUGUUUUUUUUUUUUUUUGUAAUCGAAGAAGCAACGAGAGUUGAGUCCCAAAGAAAAAUGGAAAAAAAAAUAAGGAAGUAAAUGAAGAGAUAAUAAACUUGAUUGAGUGUGGCAUGUGUAAAGAUUAAGUUAAUUAAUAAUUGCAAUUAGUUUAUAAAGAAAUUAAAAAAAAAAAAAAAAAAAAAAAGAAAGGAAGAAAGAAAGCCACAUAACGGUUCGAGAUGCGAAUAUUUUACCAUUUAAGAGAGGCCAUGGUGAGAGUGGACGCACCCUGGAGAAAAAAGAAAAAUUCCUUGUGCAAGGAAUUUAAUUUCAUUGUUAAAAUACCUCUAUUAUGUAAACACUUAUUAUUGAAAUAAAUAUAAACUUUAAGACUGAAA